AUGUCACAAAUUUCAAUAGUAUUCAACACUAGCUUCGUAAAUGUAUUUGGCAAAAUGAACAUUAAAGUUCUGGACCGUUCAGCAGCAACAAAAGAAAUUGAGAAAAUGUAUCAGAAAAUGUGCCAAAUUAUUAAAUUAGAUGUUUCAUUUGCGGAAACCCAUUCAUAUGAUCAAAUUGCGGAGACUUUGGAUGACAUUCACAAAAAAUACAAUUUAGAUACAAUCAAAUUACUAGCCUCUGCAACUGACAAUGGUUCCAACUUCGUUAAGUGUUUUAAGGAGUUUGGUUUAAACAUUGGUAAUAAAAAACACUCUACUGAAGAAGACAGUGACUCUGAAGAAAAAGAAGCUGAAGUCAUGUUUAAUCCUAUCAAUUUAUCAGACUCUGAGUCAACUCUCGACAGUUCUAAUUUUACACAGAAAAGAUAUGUGCCGCAACACAUAAGAUGUGCCUCACAUAUCAUAAAUCUCUUUGCAACUACCCAUUACAAAAAUUCGGAACAUCAAAUAUCCUUUUUAGAGGAAUAUAUCAAAUUAAUGCAGCCUCUGGCUGAAACAUUAGAUUUUUUACAGGGAGAGCGUAACACCUAUUAUGGGUAUCUGUUUCUCAGCUUAGUUUGGAUAAAAACUAAACUUCAAAUGCUGAAAAUAUCAGGCGAUAUAAAGCAGCUAAAAGUGCCUUUAGUCGCCAUAAUUAAGUCUGUUGGGCAAAGAUUUAAAGAAUUUUUAACCAAAACUGCCGUAAUUGGCGCGGUAGUGUGUCCACGAUUCAAAAUGCGCUGGUAUAACGCCUUUAAAGACUUAAAUGUUACCACAUACAAAGAAAUACAAAACUGGGUAGUCUCGGCUGUCGAAUACUUUAUCAGCCUGGAAAAUAAAAUAACUAAUGAAAAUAUCCAGUCAGACGAUCCUUUUUUUGAUUUUGAGAAAGAAGAACAAGAGUCGGUAUCUUUGUUGAGUAAACUACCGAUACCAAGUAUAUGA